CGCAGUCCCUGAAUGCACCACGCCGACCGUGAUGUCACAUCACCUGUAUUUGCCUGUACCUACCUGUGUCUACCUGUACUUACCUGUGUCUACCUGUGUCUACCUGUACCUACCCGUAUCUACCUGUAUCUACUAGGAAUGGUCCGAUCCGAUCCGCUGGAUUGGUAUUGAGUCCGAUUCAGGCCAAAAUGACUGGAUUGGACUCAUCGGAGUUUUUUAUUAGAACCCGUCCGAUCCGAACCAUAAGCCCAAUCUAUCUCAUAUAUCCUCAACUUCACUUUGCGCGACAUGCCGUAACACAGACGAGCUGUUGCCAUGUGCCUGUGUUUUCGUCACGUGAGCAGAGCGUGAACAGAAGCCUGCAGAGCUGUAGUCAUGUCUGCUGUGUGGAAUUACUUUACGCUAAUGAAGGAGAAAAGUAAAACAGCUGAGUGCAACGUUUGCAAAAUGAGUGUCUCAAGGGGCGGCAGCAAAACCGGACAUUUUAACACAACGAACUUAAUAAAGCAUCUGCAGAAGCAUCAUGGAAAGAAGUACAGAGACUUUUUACAGGCGAGUGCAAAGAAAAGUGAACCGCGGCAACCAUCGUUGCAGGAAACACUGCAGAAGAGUACAAAACUCGCUCCAGAGAGCACCAAGGCCAAAAUGAUAACAGAGAAAAUUGUCCAGUUCAUUUUGCUGGAUGACCAACCACUUUGUGUGGUGGAAAAUGCGGGUUUUCGAGGUUUGGUACAAUAUUUGGAGCCGCGCUAUCAGCUAGCAAACCAGCACCGCAUCUCUGAUACACUAAUCCCACUGAAGUGCAAACAGGUGAGCGAGUUCAUCUCUAAACGUUUGGAAAGUGCAGUCAUGGUAGGGCUGGGCGAUAAAUUGAUUUUAUCGAUUAAUUCGUGUGUACUUAAUGUCGAUUUGUUUUUAUGAAAAUCGAUUUUCUCAUCAACAUCUACCACCAACGCCUUCCCGCUGGGCUCCCGUAGUUUCAGAGUGCCCCCCCCUCCCCCCCGCGCUUGAUACACAAACAACAUGGCGGCAAGCGGUGCAGAUCUAAAGGCUCGUGUCCACUAGAUGCUAUUUUCCCGCACAGCAACGCACUGCAUCUGAAAAUCGCACAGACGGCGGUCACUAGCGAACCACAACAUGGUCACAUGACAGCGCUGAGCAACAGCAGGCCGCUACGUGGUCACGUGACCGAGCUUUCAGCUGGACAGUCCUGCAGACAAGUCGGAUAAACACAGCGGCUCGGCCGCAAACUUUCCCUUUUAUUUCAAAAAGCACGUCAGCGAAAAGUAUUUCUGAAAGCAUUUGAGGCGAGAAAUAAUCUGCAGCAGCUGAAUCUGUCCUCGUUUUAUGUCACCGACGCCUAGUUUAGAAGUUUGAGGACAGUUUCACGAUGUGUGGAAUCUCUGCACGCCGCAUGCAAUUUGCAUAAAGUAGAAGUCAGUCUACUUUAUGCAAAUGAGCUGCAACCUUCUCCAGGUAAACACACCGGAUCACAGCUGGAAACGCACCGCAACCGGACCAGCAUGCCACAUGCGGUGCAUUUCCAGCUGCGAUCUGGUGUGUUUACCUGGAGAGGGCUGCAGCUCAUUUGCAUAAAGUAGACUGGACUCCGGCGUGCGGAAAUUAGGUAGAGGGUUAAAAAAAUCGGAUAAAUCGUGAAUCGGGAUUUUUUGUGAAAAAAUUGGAGAUUUUUUUUUUAGGCCAUAUCGCCCAACCCUAAGUCAUGGUUAGUUUAACAACUGACAUUUGGAGUUCAGACGUGUGUCCAGUGUCCCUAAUCAGUCUGACAGCACAGUGGAUAGACUCAAGUUUUACUUUGCAGAAAGUUGUGCUACAAGCUAAGAAGUUUCGUGGCUCACACACAGGAGAGGCUAUCGCUACAGCAACAGAGGAGAUACUGAAUGUAUGGAAAGUUGAGAAGAGCAGAGUCCAUGUAAUCUUGCGGGACAAUGCCAGUAAUAUGAUAAAGGCAAUGGAUCGUCUUGGGGUUGCCAAUGUAGGAUGCUUCGCCCACACUCUGCAGCUUGUUGUUAAUGAGGGGCUGCUGUCGCAGCGUAAUGUGAGUGACACGCUGGCUGUUGGAAGAAAAAUCGUGGGUCAUUUCAAACAUUCACAACUUGCAUACUCACGCUUGCAAGACAUUCAAGAGGAGUUGAAUAUGCCGCCCAAAAGUCUGCAGCAAGACGUACGGACACGGUGGAGCAGCUCGUAUUACAUGAUCCAGAGCCUCCUUGCAGAGAAACGAGCCCUGUGUGCAUACACAGCAGAGUACGAGCUGCCAGCCACACUGACUGCGACCCAGUGGGGGCUACUAGAAAAGACUGUACAAGUUCUAGCCCCUUUUGAGGAGUUUAUAUGGGAGGUGAGCUCCUCAUCUGCAUCUGAUGUCAUCCCCAUUGUCCGAGUCCUGAAACGCCUUCUCAGUCGACCAGAGGAGGCUGACGAGGGAAUAAGGACCAUGAAAGGCACUCUCUUGGAGGCUGUGAGAAGACGCUUCACACACCUGGAAACUGAGCCAAUAUACUCAGUUGCAACACUUCUGGAUCCAAGAUAUAAGGACAGGUACUUCUCAGAUGCAGACGCCUCAAGACGGGGAAAGGAUGUGCUAAUAGCAGAGGUAAUGAAGAUGGAGAAAGUGAUUAGGAGGACCAGAGCAGGAGCCUCAGAGCCAGCAGAGGGGACCUCAUCCACCUCAGAGCCAGCAGAGGGGACCUCAUCUACCUCAGAGCCAGCAGAGGGGACCUCAUCUACCUCAGAGCCAGCAGAGGGGACCUCAUCUACCUCAGAGCCAGCACAGAAGACGGCACGGGUGGAGGCUGCAAGCAAGAGCAAACUUGGAAACAUUUUUGAUGAAAUCAUGGAGGAAAGCACACCUUGUCCUGAGCCAGCCACAACAAGCGCAUGUGUUGAAGUGCAGACCUACUUCAGUGAGCCAACUAUUCUGCGUUCAGACAAUCCACUGCUGUAUUGGAAGGUUAACCAACCUAGACUGCCCUCCUUGGCAGUCACAGCUGCUAAAUUUCUUUGUGCACCUUCAACAAGUGUGGAGAGCGAGAGGCUCUUGAGCACAGCCUCCAACAUUAUUGAUGAAAACAGGAGCAGACUGACAGCUGAGAAGGCUGAAAUGUUCAUCUUUCUGAAGAAAAAUCUGCCCCUCAUGUUGCAAGACAAGGCAGUUUAAGUAUUUUCAGUUCAAGGUCAGGCAGCUAACAUGUUUUAUUGUUUUCUGUGAACAUAAUGUGAGUAUUGGAAUAGUGUUCAUUCUAAUAUUUAGUUUCAUGAGUGUUUUACAUACAGUAUAACAUCAGCAGCUGCAUGCAAAAGAAGAAAGACACUAGAUUGCACUAUCUCUGUUUACUCUUGUUUUUCUGUUUUUGUUUUGGUGUAGCAAAUCAGGUGUAUAGCCUAGAUUUUUGUUGUUUUGAUUGUGUGUCUUAAGAAGCCAUGUGUAACUUACUGAGUUCUACCUAUAUUAUUCUAUUAUUUUAUGUUAAUUCAUAAAAUUAUUUAUUGCAGCUUUGCAGUGUCAAUUGGGUAUAAUGUGACUUUUCUGUUUAUACACUCUGGGAUUAUUUAAUUUAAUUUAAAUAUUUGCACGAAGUUGCACUUUUAUUUUAUUUCAAACAUUUGAAUGGUGCAGCUGGGUCUACUGUGUUUACAAAUGCUGUCAAAAGCGAUGUAAGCUUUAAGUUUCAAUAAAGCCACAGCAGUUACACAUAACUUCAGUUGUCACAUAUUUUCCUUCUUCUUCAGGGGACCUGAACAGUUGUUGUACAAUGAACAUGGUGUUUUUAGAUGUCAGUAUCAAGAAAAUUACAUCCAUGUAUAAUUCACAACUUUUCGACUGACAAAAAGAAUCAGAUCGGUAUCGGAUCGGUAUCAGCCGAUCCUCAAGGCUGCGGUAUUGGUAUCGGAUGUGAAAAAGUGGUAUCGAGCCAUCCCUAGUAUCUACCUGUACCUACCAGUAUCUACCUGUAUCUACCUGUACCUACCAGUAUCUACCUGUAUCUACCUGUACCUACCUGUAUCUACCUGUACCUACCAGUAUCCGCCUGUGUCUACCUGUAUCUACCUGUACCUACCAGUAUCCACCUGUGUCUACCUGUAUCUACCUGUACCUACCUGUAUUUACCUGUAUCUACCUGUACCUACCUGUAUCUACCUGUACCUACCUGUAUCUACCUGUGUGUACCUGUACCUACCUGUACCUACCAGUACCUACCAGUAUCUACCUGUGUCUACCUGUAUCUACCUGUGUCUACCUGUAUCUACCUGUGUGUACCUGUACCUACCAGUAUCUACCUGUGACUACCUGUAUCUACCUGUACCUACCUGUACCUACCUGUAUCUACCUGUGUGUACCUGUACCUACCAGUAUCUACCUGUGUCUACCUGUGUCUACCUGUAUCUACCUGUACCUACCUGUACCUACCUGUAUUUACCUGUACCUACCUGUAUCUACCUGUACCUACCUGUAUCUACCUGUACCUACCUGUAUUCACC